AUGGGGCUGAUGGACAUCUUCACGUCCAUCAGGGACAAAGCCGACAAGUUUUUGAACGAGAAAAACAUCAUCACAGAUUUUCUCGGGAAACUGGAGGAAAAGACCGGAAUCAAGAAGAAGAUCAUCGCACUGGGGGCCGUGUCGGGGACCGGGCUGUACCUGGUCUAUGGAUACGGGGCGUCUCUUCUCUGCAACAUGAUCGGCUUCGUUUACCCCGCGUACUACUCAAUCAAAGCGAUCGAGAGCGAGAACAAAGAGGACGACACAAAAUGGCUGACGUACUGGGUGGUGUACGGCGUCUUCAGCCUCGGGGAGUUUUUCUCCGACAUAUUUCUCUACUGGUUUCCAUUUUACUACGCCUUCAAGUGCCUGUUCUUGCUCUGGUGCAUGGCUCCUGUUGCGUGGAACGGUUCUCAGAUCAUCUACAAUCGAGUCGUGAGGCCCGUGUUUCUCAAACACGAGGCCACGGUCGACCUCAUGGUGAACGACCUGAGCGGGAAGGCCAUGAGCGCCGCCGAGAACCUCACCCGAGAAGUUCUGUCGACUCUGGUGAAGAACAAGGCUCUAGUGGCUCCGUCAGACGCCAAAGAGUUACCCAGCUCCACAGACCCGACCAGUCCAGAGCCCAGCCCCGAGCCCGGCCCCUCGAAACCACGGAAACACGAGCGGUCACAUGACAAGUCACAUGACAAGUCACAUGACAAAUCAGAGAGGAGGCGCAAAGACAGCGAGGACAAAACUCCUUUCCUGGGUUAA